CGCUGCCUCUGCUGUCGCUGCUGUUGGUCCCGUGGCUCGAGCCAGGAACAAGGUUGAGUGUGUCAGAAAUGAGAGGAGAUGAGGGCCAAAGACACCCUGAGAAACAUCAAAGACCUGGACUGCCUUUGAGGAACUUACAGAACUUAAACAUGCCUGCAUGGAACCACAGCACCAUAAAGCCGUGCUCAUACAUGAGAAGAAGUGUGGCAUGUUGGAAAAAGUACUGAACUGGAAGUAGACUUGGAUGUAGUCUUGGCUCCCUCUAACUAGUCGUUUUCCUUUCUGGGCCUUCAUUUCUUCCUGGUAAAUGAGGAAAUGGACAAACUACCGGCGUGGUCCAGCUGCCAGGUGGGAGAUUUCAGAUGGGAACAGAUUCUCCAGAUGGCAGAGAUGGUGAAGGGCCUGUCCGGGAGGUGACAGUAAAACCCUUUGCCAUCGACAUAUUUCCUGUCACCAACAAAGACUUCAGGGAGUUUGUCAGGGCAAACAAGUACCGAACAGAGGCUGAGUCAUUUGGGUGGAGCUUUGUCUUUGAAGACUUUGUCUCAGAUGAGCUGAGAAAAAAAGCAACCCAUCAAAUGAAGUCCCUCCUCUGGUGGCUUCCGGUGGAAAAGGCGUUUUGGAGGCAGCCUGCAGGUCCCGGCUCUGGCAUCCGAGAAAGACUGGAGCUCCCGGUGUUACACGUGAGCUGGAACGAUGCCCGUGCCUACUGUGCUUGGCGGGGGAAACGACUGCCCACUGAGGAGGAGUGGGAGUUUGCCGCCCGAGGGGGCCUGAAGGGUCAGGUUUACCCCUGGGGGAACCGGUUCCAGCCAAACCGCACCAACCUGUGGCAGGGGAAGUUUCCCAAAGGUGACAGGGCUGAGGAUGGCUUCCAUGGGGUCUCCCCAGUGAACGCUUUCCCCCCACAGAAUAACUACGGGCUCUACGACCUCAUGGGCAACGUGUGGGAGUGGACAGCAUCACCGUACCAGCCUGCCAGCCAGGACAUGCGCGUCCUUCGGGGGGCAUCCUGGAUUGACACGGCCGACGGCUCUGCCAAUCACCGUGCCCGAGUCACCACCAGGAUGGGCAACACCCCAGAUUCAGCCUCAGACAACCUAGGCUUCCGCUGUGCUUCCAGUGCAGGCCGCCCGCGUGGGGAGCUGUGAGCACUUUGCAGACAAGGAGAAAGGUUUCCCAUGGGCCCCGUACCAUCCCAGCCAGGCCUCAACAGAGGACACUGCAACUUCAGCUUCACCAACAGUCUCCUUCCCCUCCCCCAUCCC